UUUGCAGUAUUUUUUAUGACUUUUUACAUCACAUGUACUAUAUUCUCAGGUCCUGUAGGUGGGAUUCAACUUAUCAAGAAUCAUGGAUCUUCAUGCUACAGCACAUUGGCUGAAGUGGAGGGUAUUUCAGCUCCACGGACUUUUGUUCAGCAACCAAGUCUUCAUACGAAAGAUCACUUAGGCCUCUGGUACACUAUAGAACCAGAGGUGGUGAAACGCCUUUUUGGCGUUGGAGGAUUACCCAAGCAAUAUGUAAAGCUCUGUGACACAUUCAGGGAAACAAGUAUCAUGGUGCGAAAUCCAGCUCUGACUGUUAUUGAUUUGGUGAAGAGGAGUAACCUUUCAAUGCCACCAAAUAAAUUUUUGUUCUAUGGCAGAGAUGGAGUGGGAAAGACACUUUCUAUUGCUCACGUAAUGCACUUCCUAGCAGAAGAUGGAUGGGUCCUCAUACACAUUCCCUGGUUACCUAACUGGAGACGACGUUUCAAGGAAGUGAAUGCUUCCACUUCUAAUCCAGGAUUUUUUGACCAUCCAAUUGAUGCAUCAACUUGGCUUCAGCGCUUCAGGCAUCAGAAUGAGGAAAUACUAAAGAAAUUACAAUUGACAACCAAUGAACAGUAUACUUGGUCACGCAGAGAGAGUACAGAAGCAGGGUCACCUUUGAGUAUGUUAAUUGAGCAUGGUAUCAACCGAAGUCGUUAUGCCACUGAUGCUGUAAUGGCUCUGACUACUGAACUUAAGAAGUGUGCAACAGAAGGAAGGUGUAAAGUGGCUUUGGUGGUUGAUGGCAUCAACUCGUUUUUCUGUCCAGUGUCUCGUCAUAAGGUAGACAGCGUCAUUGUGGAGCCCCAGAGAUUCAUGAUAUAUAAGGCAUUUAUGCACUUAUUCAAUAAUGAUUGGAAAAAUGGCUGCAUUUUAGGGAGCAUAGACCUGAGAGCAAAUAGUGGUGAAACAAGAGAUUCUUAUUUACCCCGUUAUCUUCUACAGAAAGCUGGGUGGGAGGCUCUAGAUCCCUUUGUCCCCAUUCCUGUUGAGGAUUAUGAUGAGCGAGAAAUGAUGAGCAUCAUUGACUAUUACAUAGACCGUGAUUGGCUGCAGAACAUUAAUGGUCCCUUGAAGCUAGCACGAAGUGAGUUAGCUGCUUUGACUGGUCACAAUCCGUAUACAGUCAUGAGAAUAUGUAGCUCUUUGUAGUUUGUAUGCUAUCUGUAUGUAUGAAUUUCUGAGCAGUGUACAUAGAAAAUUAAUUACAGUUGUUUGAAAAAUAAAUGUUUUGUUUGUA